CUCACAUCCAGCAUGAGAAGGACUUGUGAUACACGUUAGUAGGAAAUUUAUCCUUCACGUGGACCAAUUGUUUGAACAUUUAAGGACAGUUCCAAACAGAAAAAAGACAGUUUUUCCCUGAUUGUCUGUCCGCGCAUUUUGACGUCUCCGUACGUUUUUAACCCGUGGGUGUAUUAGCAUUAGCACCCAACCUGCAAUACAAUGUCAACCGCACCAGAGGCACUAACAGGAGGAGCAGGUGCCCCCGAGUCUAAACCCAGCCAGACGUUUAAGAACUGCUGGAGCUGUCGGAUCAUCUCCGGCGGUGGUUUGAUCCUGUCUGGAGUUUAUGUUUUCAUGGCAGCCCGGAAAGUGAUGCGACGAGGCGGACCUACCUCCAUGGGCACAGUGGCACAGAUCACAUUUGCUGCAAGCCUGGCUGCGUGGGGGAUCGUUGUCAUCGCUGACCCAGUAGGAAAAGCACAGAAGAAGACGACGACGUGAGGACUAUUCAGAAACGCAGAAUGCGUAAAUAAAUGUGUUAAAGGACACGGACUGAUGGGACGGCCAUUCAAGUGACGCUAAUGACACCAAUCAAAAGACAGGGGUCCCGAAAAUCUGCAGAUUUUGCUUGUGUUGGUCUCAUGCACAAACAUGAGUAUUGAUUUUUGUUGAUAUUGUGUAACUGCGUCCUACGGCGUUGGAAGCUAUUGAGUGCUUAGAUAAUGAGAUCAUAUAUUUGACUAAAGUGCUAUUUGAAAUGUCUUCAUUAAGAUGUUAUACACAUUACAACUGAAGGUAUGGUGGCUAUGCAUUUCAAUUUAUAUCAACAAUGAUUCAUCAUGAAUACAAUAAUAGCCUUCAUAAUAGUAUCAACAAUAACACAAAUACUAUCAGAACCCUAGCACUGGAACAACUAAGUGAAUACAGCAAUCCUUAAUGUUAAUACUUAGACCAGUGCUUUUCCAACUAUUAUAUGUCAAAGUGUUAAAAAACAUUUUGUGUUUAUUCAUGUGCACUUUUAGCCUGCUGAUCGAUGACUCAGGACUGAAUGAAAUAAAAUACAUAUAUACCACUGCAGCUUAAUUUUUUUACUGGUAUAAUUAGUGCUUUUACAGUUUUAAACAAAUGUAUUUUAGAUGCUUGAUGAAUAUUCA